AAAAUUUUGUGGAAAUAGAACACGUUUUUUCUGACAGGUGGUUUACACCAUAGCUGUUCCCCACUUCAUACCGAAAAACAGAGGGAUAUUCACACCUUGCAAACACGAGGAUGAUCUGAAAGCUUGUGGUUGGAAGAUUUCGAUGAGGAAAAGAAGGAAAAGAGAAACGAGAGACGGAGAUUCGACAUGGGUUUUUCUGAAGACAAUAUGAAAGGCGUUGUCUUGGCUUUGCUGUCAAGUGGGUUCAUAGGGGCAAGCUUCAUCAUCAAGAAGAAAGGCCUUAGAAAAGCAGCUGCAACUUCUGGUGUCAGAGCUGGUGUUGGUGGUUACUCUUAUCUCGUGGAGCCUCUAUGGUGGCUGGGCAUGAUCACAAUGAUUGUUGGAGAGGUUGCAAACUUUGUUGCCUAUGCAUUUGCCCCUGCAGUUCUUGUUACUCCUCUUGGCGCAUUAAGUAUUAUUGUCAGUGCUGUUUUGGCUCACUUUAUCUUGAAGGAGAGGUUACACAAGCUUGGUAUUUUGGGCUGCGUGAUGUGCAUUGCAGGUUCUAUCAUAAUUGUGAUCCAUGCACCACAGGAGCAUGCUAUUACUUCUGUUCAGGAAAUAUGGAGCAUGGCAACUCAACCAGCAUUUCUGCUUUAUGUGGGCUCUGUAAUUGUAUUGGUUUUCAUUUUGGUCUUCCAUUUUGCACCACGAUGCGGGCACACGGAUGUGUUAGUUUUCACUGGCAUCUGUUCUUUGAUGGGUUCUCUCUCGGUGAUGAGUGUUAAAGCCCUUGGAACUUCACUAAAAUUAACUUUUGAGGGAAAGAAUCAGUUAAUCUACUCAGAGACGUGGUUUUUCCUGUUGGUUGUGGCUACAUGUGUCAUCACUCAGAUGAAUUAUCUCAACAAGGCCCUUGACACAUUCAACACUGCCAUUGUGUCCCCUAUAUAUUACGUGAUGUUCACAACGCUUACGAUCCUUGCCAGUGUCAUAAUGUUUAAGGACUGGGAUGGCCAGAGUGGAGGUACCAUAAUGACAGAAAUAUGUGGCUUUAUUGUUGUGCUCUCUGGGACCAUCUUAUUGCACUCAACCAAAGACUUUGAGAGAAGCUCCUCUUUUAGAGGUAGUUAUGGUCCUGUAUCCCCUUCAUUGUCUACCCGACUUUGCAGCGGAAAUGGGGAAUUACUGAAGUGUAAUGAGGAAGAUGUACCACCUUCCGAGGAUAUCUGCUUCAGAAGACAAGAAUUAUAUUAGAAGUACUGUAUCUGUAUGAGAUGAUUCCAUUACUUCAGAUUAACAGGCAGAGCAAAACUGAAAUUUGAAGAACUCUGAGAAAGUUCCCAUCAGAUGACUCCCCCCACUCCCAGUUCUGGUCAUAACCACACACAGGCAAUGAUGAAGGGUUGCAGAACUAGUUCAGGUGGUUGUAUAGCUGCCUUUGAGAACGGUCGGGAUUUCAUCAUUCUGAUGGCUGGUUUGGAGGAAUGCAUUAACAAAUGAGAGCUACUUUCUAGGGUGCAUAGUUGUACAGUUUGUCGAGAUUGCUGGUUGGUUUGUUCACAAUGUCUUUAUGGAAGUAAAAGAUUGGAUCAAGGACCUGAAUUCCCACAAGGGAGGCUAAAGUCUUCUUUGUCAAAUGUAUCUGCAUAGUUGGUGAGCUGAGUUCCUUGGUAAAAUGAGUGGUUUCUGUAUUUAUUUAUUUUUUUUUUUUUGUUGGAAUCUUUCCUGACUUCGACAUGAAGGGAAUGCUUUUAGUUUUAGAGUAUUUUUUCAAUUAUCUGUAGCCUCUUAAAUUGAUUGAUGUAGAGCUGUACGCUUUAGAGAGUGUGAAUGAAUGAUAUUGUUUUUUUU